GCAGGCUUUGGUCCAGCAAACUACAGACGUGCGCUCACCAUCCCACAACCGCUCAAUACCUGUCAAAUUGAUUACCAUGUCUGGCGACGAACACCAUAAUGAUGAAAGUCAAGCACGCAAACGAGCCCGACUGUCCCCGUCAUCCAAUUCUAACGGACACCCACUACCCCCUUUGUCGCUUUCUAUAUUGGGUGUCGAACCUUUGGACGAGUUUAUUCACGAAAUCGCCGACUUCGUUCACCACAUGAUCAUGACACGUCCGGAGCACCUGGGUGGAUCCGUCGAGGUUGAGGCGAAGAUCGGCGUUUUGAAGGACAAGCAAAGCGGGAUGCGGUUGCAGUUUCCGGUCUUAGUAGAAACAAUACUGGCCCCGGACUCGAUUCCCUCUCGCUUCGAGUCAAACAUGUCUGCAGCCCAGCACAAACAUUUCAACACUCUGCUGAACAAGCUCAAGGUGGACCCACCACAAACCGCUUCCGAAAUAUCCUACACUCACAGAUACUUGGUUGACUCGUUCUACCCGCCCGCACAUCCCGGGGAAAGAGAAAAGAUCCGAGUCACGCGAGAUGAAAAGACUGGCACAGUUCUUGAAUGCACGCAGAAGAUACGUCUUGGGGACUUGAACAUCUACAGCCCGAAGAGGGCAGCCGACUGGCGGAUAUCGGUUAACCUUGAGGUACCAGUGGCACCUCCGACCGGGACUGCGACACACACGCGCCGAAAAGAUCGGCUCUCAUACUCACACGAGGAGUUCAACAUCGACCUCACGCAGGUCACCUCAAACACCUCACCUAACGGCCCGCCUGAACUACUUCACGAACUGGAGGUUGAAAUUGCCCGCCCAGAGUUUCUGCUGGCUGCGGCCAUGCGAAGAGGGGACCCUCAAGCCCCAGAACAUGAGCGGAACGCGUUUGACGAGCUGAUCCGGGCAUUCGUGAAUAAUACCAGGAUUUUGCUACGAAACACAGGCGGCGAUGGCUUCUAGGAUCUCUUGAGAAAACGUGGCUGAAGGCCUGGAAGUGCGGUGGUCAACGCAUCACACACUCUUGUUUUCGCGUAACAUUUCAUACGUUC